GCAAGUUUUUGCAACGUCGGAAAAAAAGUUGUCUGUCGAUUUUCCAGUUCAGUUUUGUUAGUGUUAUAAAAUCAGAAUUACGGUGGCAAAAUGAUUACUUCGUGAAGUUAUAUCAAUCGCAUAUUUGCAAAUUCGAAUUGUGCAUUUUUCGGGGCCGCAGCUGCGAAGAGAAAAUCUCUCCGCCCCCGCGAACAGAAUUGCAUUUAAGCUCCCUUUUGUUCCCCCAAAGCAGCUGUUAGCCUGCCCACCCCCACCGCCCACGAUUUCUUAUCUGAAGUGUUUCCGGCACCGAUUCCCCUAUAAUCUUGUGUUAAUGAAUACAGAAUAACAUUCCGAGCAUAUCAGAAGACAAAGCUUGUUAGGAAAAGUGACUAUAUUUUAACAUAUUAUAAGGCACAUUUUGGCAUAUGUGCGCGGCUACAUUUCUUUGUUGUUCCGUUGACGUUAGCCUGUAGACGCCUGAAAAGCCAUGGAUAGCUUGGAGAAUGACCAGGAGGAGGUGCGCCACCAGCCGAGGGUCUCCAUGUCGUACGGCAGUGUGGCCACGAGUCCGGGCAGUCAGGACAACCAUUCCCAGUAUGCCAUGUACUACAAUCAGCAGCGAGAUAGUGGGCUUUCGGAUAGCUACAUGCUGAUGACGCCGUUCCUGUCCAGUCCGCAGAACCACAGCCACACCCAUUCGCCGCCCACGUACACCGCCCUGGUGACGCCACGUCGCGAAUCCAACGCGGGAUUCGAGUCCAUGGCUGGGCGGUGCGACAAGUGCAGUUCGCUGGUCGGACUCUGCCGCUGCGAAUCGUCGGUGGUGGCCAGCACCAGCAGUCGAUAUGCGGACUCCACCCAGGAUCCGGCACAGUUCCUAGAGCAGCCCUCCUCCUCCACAGCAGCGGCGGCGGCUGCCAAUCCGCCCGCUGACCAUGCCAUUCCACGACCCAAGCGAAAGAAGACUGAGCCGCUGACCAUGGAACAGGACGGUGACAAUGCUGGCGACGCGGUGGUGGCCUCCAUCAGCGGCACUUGGCCCGCCGGCGCCAUGGAGGAGCAUGCCAUGGAUGCCACGGCGGUGGUGUACGAGAUGCCCUCCAGUUCACUGCAGCUAAGCAACAGCUCAUUCGAAACCUCGGCAAGUGCCGUGAAUGCUUACGACGAUGUGACAUCCAGUGCCUCGGACACGGAGCAUGGUCAGUUCGCCAAUACGCGCACCACCAACACCACGACUACCACGUCGGCAGUGCAGGUGCACAAAAAGAAGGCUAGCCGCUCCAGCGAAGCCUCCAACUCCUCAAGCGCAGCCGUGGAUCCCGAUGCCACGCCGAGCACGAGUGCGCAGUCGAGGAGGCGGCAGGUGAAUCACUUCUCGUACCGCAGCUCCAGAGCCUUAGAGCCGGAGAAUGAGAGCAGCGACGAUGGUUGGGAUCUGCGUGUUCACAAUCCGGCCCCACCAAUCGAGCCCACUGUGACGAUUAUACGAGGUGGUAGACGAUCCAUUGAGACGGAGCCUGGGCACACGGAUCACACCUACUACAACAGCCGCCGUCCAGUGGCCGGAGCUCCACCAGAUAGCACGUAUAUGCGAGCAGCAUACUGCUCCACGGCCACCCAUACCACGCGCAGUGUUGAUUAUGGAUCUCACAUCGGCCAGAGGCCGUCUGCGGCUGGAUCGCCGUCCACAACAUCGGAGCAGGGGCAGGGACAGGAGCAGCAGCAGCAGCAACAACUUCAUCCAGAGGAGGAGAAUCGACAGGAACAGCGCCCUGAGGAGCCGCCUGGCCAAGACAUGCGGAGUGUGUACGGCGCUCACGGCGAUUCUGGAAUGGCAUGGAGUCGUGUGCGCCUCGCAGACGAUGCUGUGCCACCCCGGAAGCAGCCGCGCCUGGAACUCUCUGGGAGGACGCGCUCCAAACUGUCGUCAACGAAUUACAAUUCGUUCCAUCCGGGAAGGAGCAGGCAUCGCACCUUUGCGGAGCACCAAGGCAGCAGUUCUGGACAGCAGCACAAUCCCAUAUCGUUUCCACAGGCUUCGACGCCAAAUGCGAAUGGGCCCUGUGUGAUCACCUACGUCGGCCGACCGAGGGAGAGGCAGCCCUCCAUGGAUCUCAGCAAUCUUCCGUCCACUUCCACGGGCAGGCGUGGCAGCCACGAGAACCGUGGGGAUGCCGUAGUGCUGACUGCUCCCGAUUUGCAGCUUGACGAUUGGUCAUCGGAUGACGAUGAUGAUGAUGUGGUGUUUGUGCACUCCACCCGUGAGCCUAUUCUCUCGAUUGAUUUGACUUCGGAUGACGAUGGCCUAGCCAAUGAUACUCAAUUGCAAAGGGAUAGGGAGCGGGGACGAGAAAGAGAGCGCGAGCGAGACCGGGAACGAGAAAGAUUCCGGAGUGGGGCUCAACACAAUCCGGAGGAACAAAGUGAUGAGAGAAGACCCGUAUUUAACUAUGCCUACACAUUGCCAUAUGCUCGCCGGACUGAUCGUCGGACGGAUGCAAACCAGGAUGGCACCUCGGCAUUCGCAUUUUAUAGCGGCGCUCUAGCGGAUCGGGCUGCCAUUUCGGAUCACAACUACAGCUACGAGCUGGACCAGCUGAUGGAUCCCAAUGCCAGCCACUUCUACCCGCCGCGCUGUUCCAGUAUGGAUCCGCAGCGCUACUUCCUUCCGAUCAACGAGUCCUCCAUGUGGAUGCAAGGCCAUCCACAGGCUCCACCGCCUCCUCCGCCAAUGCCACCGAUCUUGCUUCCGGAUAACUCUUCCGCUGACGCAUUUUUACGCCACCAGCAGAGGACGCUCACCUCCACGCCGAGCAGCUCCGCCAGCGGGCAGACAUCUUCGCAGCAAGCUCGACGGAGGCGCAGCAGUCCAGCGAACGUGUAUCACCGCUACCAUCCAUACUAUCUGCCCCACUAUGCGAUCACAACGCUGCCUACUGUGAUGGAGGCCGACUACUCGCCCAGUCUUCAGCCACAUCCUCACUUUCAGGGCGGUCAAGGCGGGAGCAGUCGGAGUUCGUUGAGUGGAGCUUUGAAUGCUGCUGCGGUGGCAGCCACGGCGGCUGCGGCCCAGGCGCAAACGUUCAGUGAUCUGCUAUCACAGGCGCAUAACGAAGGGAGGGCAGCGGCAUUGGAGGCCAGUAUGGAAGGCAACCGGACGCCUCCGCAUGUCAUGGUGCACCCACAGCAGCACCAGCGGCAAACCAUCAAUCCGCCUGCGCCGGGAGCAGCAUCGAAUGGCAACCUGGGGACACCUGUCUCCCCGCCACCACCGUUGGAAAUGUACUCUGGUCGGAGCACCAUUCCGCACUGCGGAUCUCCGCCGUUCAGUGUGCGACGCUCGGAGGCCGCCUACAGCAACCGACAGCACUAUCAACCGCAGCCUCAUCAAGGCCACCAGGCGCCUCAGAACCAGAUGCAUGCUCAUAUUCAUCCGCCUCAUCGGGCCAGUGCCAUUGUGGCGACCUCGCUGACGCCCGCUCCUCCAUAUCCAGUGCAUCAAAACCUCUGGUACCGUCAGCAGAGCAUGCAGGAGAUGCAUCGUCGCCACAUGACGCCCACGCCCAUCGAUCUUUCCUCAAAUGCUCCGCUCCUGACGAGCACGCUGCGAAACGGGUACCUGCACAGCAUCUGCAGCUGUGUGCAUGCGAGGAAUGGUCCGGUGUCCAGUCUGGAUCCCGCCUACUAUCCGCCGUAUGAUGCUGCAACGUCUGCUGCUGCUCCGCCACCACCUCAGCAGCAGGCACCAGCCACAUCCGGCGCUGCUGGUAGUAACGGAGCACCACCACCGGGUACGAGAAACAUGCAGCUCCAUCAACAGCAACCACAGGGUCAGCAAUCGCCGCCGGUUCUGCAUCACCUGCAGCGUCAGCGGGCUAUCCACCACCACAUGUUCCACCACCACUACUCGCCGCUGCAUCUGGAGAUCGGGCUGGCCACGCCGCUCUCCCUGGGCUCCCGCAUCCUAAUCGGACCACCUCGUCCCAACCGGGGAGCUACUUUGGAAACCAUCGAGAGGAACACCUUGCCCCACAAAUAUCGACGUGUCAGGAGACCCAGCGAGACGGACGAAGAUGCGGAGAAGUGUGCCAUUUGUCUGACGCUCUUUGAGAUCGAGAACGAAGUGCGCCGCCUGCCAUGCAUGCACCUCUUCCACACGGACUGCGUGGAUCAGUGGCUGGUCACCAACAAGCACUGCCCCAUCUGUCGCGUCGACAUCGAAACCCACAUGGCCAACGAUGCCAUGGCACCCAGCUCCACUGGGGUGACAGAUGCCGCCAACACCGCCGCCUUAUGACAUUGUGUGCACGGAAUCUUCAUGUAAUCCCCCUAGACUGAGUUUGUCGCGGCAGGCAUCGAUGUAAGAACAAAGAAAGAAAUAAUCGUAAUACCCAAUAUACAUACCUUAUAAUGUUUAACCCACCGCAACGCAUGAAAUGGGCAGUUGCCGGAGCUUGCUGCCGUGUUGCGCUGAAAAAAUAUCAAAAAAGCUAACUCUGUUUGGCUCAAUGUCUAUGUCUAAGUAUCUUAAGUGAUUCGGCAAAUUAUUUCCUAUACAUAUGUACAAAUUGUCCACGUUUUGUGAAACAAAAUUCUUGUGAUAAGAAUUUCAUAAAUAUGCGUCUUAUUGUUAUAGUAUAGAAUUCCCACAAAGGGCGUAAAUGAUCUUUUUGGCCCAAGCUUGUUGUUAUAUUUUUAAUUGUCCCUAAAAUUACCACAUAAUAUCGGACCCAAAUUAUACAUCUAAUCGGCAAUUCAUAUUAAUAUUUAUUAGCCAGAAUAAUUUUGAACUAUUCCCUAAUUAUUUUCCAAUUACUUGUUAUGUUUUAUGUGUCACAACAAAUUUAAAGUAGGAUUUUAUUUCAUUCUACUACCAAAUUAUACAUAUUCAUUUUAUUUUUAACCGACUACUGCUCAAUAUCUCAUAACGUGCCAUAUAAGUGAAUUGAUUCGAUGCAAUUUUUAAAAGCUUGAGCUAACUAUUGUCUAAUAUCUCUAAUGUAAGUUGGUUUUAUGUUAUUAUUAAAGUUUUUUAAAACUUUCAAAAUUGUAUGUUGUCCAAGACGGCAGAAAUAAAUAAAUAAUCGAAUUAUAUAAAUA